AUAAGAAAUUUUUCAGAAUUUAUUUUUUCAGAAACGCCAAGGCAAUGUACCGUUUUGGUUUGUUACACGAUUCGGAGAUAUAAUUUAACGACUUCUGUGUUUUGUGGAGAAAAUACGUGGUUUUGUAUUAUUUUGCAAUAAUAAAUCUUACUUUCUCCAUUUCAUAAAUGUGAAUGUUUAUUGUUUAAAAUUCUUUGAAAUAUCGAAUGUCUAUGAAACAGAUUCUAGUAUUUGGAUUUACUACAAAACUUACGUUAAUAUACGUAGUUGACACAAUACCAUAAUACUAUUAUCAUGGUAUUGUUACUACAUGUGUGUCUCGGGUAUAACAGACAAAAUUGGUUGUGUGACGAAAUUAUAGGAAGAUAAGUGGUUCACGACCUAGCUAAAAUUACAUUUCUCCGUUUUUCAUAAUGUUUGAAAAAUUUGUUAUUAUUAAAUUUUUUGAAGUAUUCAAUUAUAUAUUUCAUUUAAACAAUUCAGCAUAUCAACAGUGCAUGUCGAUAGUAUAUGAAUAAAUCUAGUUAAUGAACGAAGGAAAUGAGGACAUAUUAAAAUGUGAUUUUAUGACAGAAUUUCAAUCAAAAACUCAAUUUUUUGUUCAGAUAAUGCCAUUUCAAAGAUGUGUGCAAAAUUUGAACAAAAUCGCUUCAUAACAUAACGAGAAACCGUGUCCACCGACUGAGUUUAAAUGUUAUCUAGCGUGUUAAAUUUCCCAGGUGGCAAUAUUCCCAUAUUUACCAAUGCGGUAUCUGCUUUGUUUUUGUUUUACAUGUGACAAACUGGCAUCUCUGUCCAGCUGACUUUAUUUACAUUUAAAAAUAUGGCAUCUGAUGGAAACAAAAUUGUAAGUAAAAAUAAAAUACAUUUACCAAACGGAGGCGUGUACGCAAAGCACCGAACAGGAGAUGGAGCCCUGGGGAGCAGGAGCAACUAGUAGCAUACAUGCGAUACAAUCGUCCAAUCGAAAAGCCGACAGCGCAGGUAUACUAUAGACAAUUUUUAGAGACACAGAAUUUGAAGAUGGAUUGGUCUUUAGUAAGGCUAAAGGCAAGGCACUUGCGCCAAACCUAUGAAAAGGCCCAAGCUUGGCAGAAUUCGACGGCUGCAGGUGCCAUGCAAACCGGCGAAUCAACAGAAAGUAUAAUUUCGAGAAUUUGUCCUUUUUUCAAUGAUUUGAAAGACAUAUUUGGUGACAAAGUAUUUAAAUCCAAAGCUUUUGUUUUACAUACAGAAGAUUUAGAUGUCGAUUCUCAAAUCCCUACGCUGGAUCUAGUAGAUGUGUGUUCUAAAAACAACUCGACGUCCACCACAGACCAUUUCGACGACGGAAGCAAUUCAACGACCACUGCAAAUGUAGUUACCACACCCGCAGUUGUAGGUAGUUUUCAAAAAGUCAGUUUGUCACCAGAAUCUACAUGCAACACACCAAAACGUCGGAAGGGCAUUUUUUCGCGGACAGGUCUUGACGUUGUGCUUAGUAUGCAUUCAGAUUAUGUUAAGGCGAAGCAACAAAAGUUAGAACUAGAAAUAAAAAUGAAAGAUAGAGAGCUAGCUUUAAAAGAAAAAGAAUUCGAUUUGCAAUACCAAAAAUUUUUGUUUGAAAAAGAAAAAAGUCUAUCUGAAGAGAGAAUAAGAAUACUAGAAAUUGAAAUGAAAGAAAAAGUGGCUUUAAGAGAGCUUGAAAUGAAGGAACGAAUAGCAAUGGAGGAAUUAAAAAGGAAAGAAUAAAACUAUAUACCUAUACUAUUUAAAUUAUGGUACUAAUUUAAUUAAUUACUUCAUUUUUAUUGUUUACAGAAUGUGAUAGAAAUGUGCUUUUCUUGGGUCAUUGUGUUCAUAAAUUUCUUGUGGGAAGUCUGUUUCUUCUUGACCUUAUAAACUCAACUUUUCGUACAACAUUUUUUAUAAUUAGUUUCAUUUGUUAGUCGGGACCGUAGCUCUUUUUAAAAAAAUUUCGUUUAAAUGUUCCAAAAUAAUGUUCUAUACGUACUCUAUAUUUAGAGAAGUAUUGAUUGAAUGUAUCUGUCAUUUCUUUUGACUGAUCAGUUCUGUUUUUUCGAUCACUCUUUUCUCAGGUUUUACCUAUUUACCCCCCAUUCUCGGUUUAAAAAAAUUAAUUUAAUUCGAACCUAUAACUAUUGAAGAAUGUUCCUUUAAAAUUUCAAAAACUCUUGAAGAUAUAGCCGAUUUAUGGUGGAACCGUAGGUAUGUUUUAUACCCAAGAAUUUGCUACUCAAAACUUUAAACGUAUUUUUCUCGAAACAGUGUUUUUACGACUGGCAUGGCAUGAGGUUACUCAAAACCUAUUAAUCCAAUCGAUGAACUAGGAUAAGUCAAAUGGGUGAAGAUCUUCUUUACUUUUCAACUUGAUUUGUGGCUGAAAAAAGGCGAUUUUGAAAAAAAAAUUUCAAAAGUCCGCCAUUUUGUUAAUUUUUGUGCGAAAUUAAUAAUCCUAGUUCAUACCAGAGCCAAACAUGUACUCUUUCUCAUCCCGUUGGAAUUUUAGGGGCUUUUGUUUGAUCACAAAAAAACAACAACAAAAAAUAAGUAAAAAUGUUUUCUUCUUUUUUAAGUCUUCAAAUAAAUGUAUGCAAAGUUGCAACCCUAAAAAAUGAUGUAUGUUCAUUUACCAGCCCAUUGAAAACCGACAAAAUUUGAAAUCGAGAAUGGGGGAUCCCCUUAAUAAGAAACAAAUUUUUUUUUCAAAUUUUGAAAACCACCUAACCCCUUAAGUCGACCUUAAGGACCUUUAAUAUAAUGACGUAAAUAUGUAUGCACUUAUAUAGCUAAAAAAAUAUUUUUAACCUCGAGUAAUCUGCAGAAACAAAACACAUUUUGGUUAUUUUUCAACAAUUCUUAGAAGUGUGUGUGUGUUUAUUAGUAAAAUAAAGCUGAUUAUUUCUACAAUGUUCGCGAAAACAUCUGCAAUCGCAAUAUUUCUAAUUCGCAUAUAUGUAAUUAUGCAUAUAUAAGUGUUAUUUAUUUAUUUAUUCACAAUUUUCAAUACGAGAAUGGGGGGUACAAUGAUCUCUCUUGCCAUAAUGCGGAACUAAAAACUUACUUAGAUAUACAAGUUCAAUUUACAAUUUAUUCGGAAAAACGUUGGGAUACCGGAAACUACGGGGACUGGCUUCAUUCAGUGUAAUAUAUUUAAUUUAUUUU